AUGUCCCCCUUCUGGGACAGCGGCUGGUAUCACAACACGGAGGGAUUGACACAGAUCUCCUCCGGGACAUCAAGACCACAUUGUCAGCGAGGAGAAGCUUCCACCUGUCAAGAGUCAUCCUCUUCCGCUGAUGGACAAUGGCGGCGCAGCAGCACAGUUCUUGGAACUGGACAACAAAAGCUCUUGGUAUACUUUAACUGUGGUGCCAGGGUGGAUGUGGUGGACGUCCAAGGCCUCAUCCUGUCCCCCGGCUUCCCCUACAACUACUCCUCUGGGACUCACUGCGUUUGGCAGUUCUUCGUGCCGGUUGACUACCAGCUCAUCCUGGAGAUAUUUGACUUUGACGUGUUUGAGAGCCACGACUCCGCCGCACAGUACUCUGCUCUCUCUCAUUUCGAAGAGGAGGAGGUGGCGGACCAAGAGGUGACUUUCACUCCUGGUGGCAGCUUAGCGGCAGAUGAAUCUUCAUUAGCAGCUAAAGUUCCUGUGAUUCAGAGUUUCGAGGACGUUAUAAAAAAGACUCUGCAAUCGUCCCAGGAAGGCGAGGUCAAGCAGGUGGUGGUCCAGGAACAGUCCACAAAGAUGGAGAUUGCCAAAGUUUCGAACUCGGCCAAAAGAUCUGCAGAAGUCUCCUCUUUGCCGCCUCUUCCUGUAGACAAGGCGGUCAACUCUGCCUCCUCCUCUCACCUCAGGGAAGACCUCCACCCAAGCACAGUCAUGGAGGAAACCUCUUCCACUGAAACCCCACCUACGAGUCCUGAAAGCCAGCACUCGAUUCUGAACGCCUGCCCUCACGACGUCCUCUACAUCACCGACCUCAUCACCUUCUCCUCCAGGUUCUGCGGGUCCAACCGGCCCCCCAGCAGCCAGCUGGUGUUCGGCUCCAGCCAGGAGAUGGUGGAGGUCAUCAUGGAGCUCAUCACCACCACACAUUGGGGCCGAGGCUUCGCUCUCCUCUUCCACUACCACAACCUGACGGAGCCGGGGGGGGACCGCCGAGCCACCACCCCCACAGCCAGCAAGGUAGACUCCCUGCUGGCUGCUGUGAGUGGAGCGGCCUUCUUCGCUAUGAUACUGACAAGUGCCCUCUGCGUGGCCUUCAGACCCAAACUGUGUCCGAAGAGAGCCAGCUCCUGUGCAUCCAGCGACUCUGAGGUGCCGGAGGGGGUCCCCAACACGGCGGCGGAGGUGAGCGAGUUGCAGCUGAUGGCUGAGAACCAGACCAACCUGGAAGUGAGCGCCGAGCAGGACAACAACAACGACAGCCCGCCACACACAGUCAGUGCUGGCGGGGACAUGUCCCAGUCCUGCAGCGGUCUGACUGAACUGGACCUCGGUGCGGAUGAAGUGUUUAUUGUGUCUUCAGCUCCAAGUUCAAGCAGACUGCCCUUCUCCCCUCACACCCAGCGGGAGAGGUUUCUGCGGCACAGUGACACCGGCCCCGUGGGGGAGUGGCCCUCUCCGGACUCCACCAUCUCACCCUCUGGAUCCACCAGGGAGGGCAGCAACAGGCCGAGAGCGUGGAGCGUCCGCACCUUCCAGGACCUCCUGCCUCCUCUGCCGCAGCUGCACAAGAAGUGGUGCAGCUGGAACUCCAGCAGCCCCUUCACCAAGCUGGUGGACAGCACUCCAACCGGUUUGGCAGCGGACGGCAGAGCGGACCACGGCAGGAGGAUCUUCUCCGACGUUCACCUGGACUCUAAAGCCGACAGCAGCUCCAUCUCUGACUCCACCCUGAGCAACGCCUCCUUCCCGCUGUCGCUGCCCACCCAGAGGCAGCGGCGCCUCAACUCCACCAGCAACCUGCGGCGCUCUCGCUUCACCGGGCCCUGUUUCGGCCUCCUCUCCGGGACACAAGAACCAACAAAUCCCUCUGUUGUUGUGGUUCCUCCAACACAAGGUUCCCCGUCUGAACCCAGCUCUGCUUCCUCCACUCAGAGUCAGACAGAGGGCGUGAAGAGGCGCGAUUUCCCAGGCGAGAACGACCACAUCAGCGUUCAGGUGUUCGCCAUCUCCGAGGAGGAGGACCGGCAGCCUCUGGUCUCAGCCGAGCACCUGAACCAGACCUCUGGAUCUCUGAAUGGGGUGGUGAAGGGGACUUAUGAGGGGAAGGGGCCCUCCAGCCUCAGCCCUCAGAGGGUCAGAGCAGAAUGGAGGCCGUGGGGGAGCCAGGCAUCCGGAGAGGUCGCUCCACUAUCUCCCAACUCGAGCAAAAGCAACGACAGCCCGCCGUCCUUCACUCAGUCCACAGUGCCGUGCAGUGUGAACAACCAGAUGGGAUGACUGGUAAAAAAGAGCAGGGACUCUGAACUCUGUUAGUGAAACAUAUAUAACCUACUUCUUUAUAUUCCUGAAAAAUCGACAAAAUGAUUAUUACGUAUACUGUAGCCUCCUGCCGGCAAAUAUAGUCAUCUCACGCUUUCUAUUUUUAUAAGUUGUACAAAGAUGGAAUAUUAUGCUGCUUACUGUACCAAGGCAAUGACUGCUGUCGUAUUGUACGGUGGCCGACAGGUGCAUAAAUAUUGCCAUUAAGAGAAACGCUCUGCAGUUUCAGAAACGAUGCAAAUAUUAAAACACAAAUGUGCCAAAACACAUGCAAAUGAGGUUGAUGUUCACCAUCUUGACAACCCGUGCGCUGCGUUUACUAAAAGCGCUGCAUAAACGAAACACUGCAAAUAUAAAACACAACGGAAACAGGGACACUGAAAAGUGACGCACACAGCUGGAGCAUUUGUUAUCCUGUCACUGUUGGCAGAGUUUCAUAAUUGUUAGUGUUUUGUCAGUAUAUUUGAAGUUAGCUACGUUAGCAAGCUAGCUUACAGCAGAUCAGAAUUAAUCAAAUGUUGUUCAAAUAAGCCGAUAAAACUCACAUUUUAAUUGAGUAUACAGUGACAGUGAGCAGACUUUAUAAUCCUGAACGUCAAUGAGCGCUCCGGUCCCAGCUGUGUGCGUCACUUUUUAUUGUCCCCAUUUCCGAUGUGUUUAAGCUUCACUCAGCGUGUCGCUUUCAGUAAACCCUGCGCAGCAUAUUUUGUCAAGUUGGUGAAGAUGUCGUUUACAUAUGUUAUAUGUUAUAUUUGCAUCGUGUUCUGAAACUGCAGCGUGUUUCUAUUAUUGCGAAUGUUUAAUGUCAUUGCACCUGUCGGUAAUUAUGUGUUCAAAAAAAGUAUUUCCUGAGUGAGUUUACACCCAGAUUUAUUAACCGGUUUGAUAUUAUUCAGUGAGUUAUAAGACUCCAAACAUUGCACUUUGUAUUCAGUAGCUCAUUCAUUUAAUUUGGUAUCUUUAAGCGGUUAUCAUUUUUAGCCCAAGCUAACAAACGCUUCUACAAUGACCUAUUACCCUGCAGUGUUUGCAUACAUUAAUAUGAAUGUUGCAACAGUGUACAUACUGUAUGUACUUUUAAGGCUUAUACUGGAUUUUAAAAGGGAAAUCAGAAUAUAAUAAAAGCAUCUAGAGUACUAAUAUUCACUAUGAUGUAGUAUAAAGAGAGAACUAGAGAGCACAAUAGUAUUUAAAAUGAGUUAUUAAUUAAUGUAAAGUUUUAAUAAAGGCUAUGUGUUGUGUCCUUGA